AUGAUACCAACUAUAACAAGAUUAGGUGCUCGUUCUGUUUGGAAGGGACCACAUAUUGUACCAUUACCUGUUGCCAAUGCAAUCAAAAAUAAAACACCUAUAAGAACUAAAGCUAGGAAUUGCACAAUUAUUCCACAAUUUGUUGGUUUGAAAUUCGAAGUACACAAUGGGAAAGAAUACGUCGAGUUGGAAGUGACCGACGAUAUGGUAGGCUCAAAAUUGGGUGAGUUUGCUGCAACAAGAAAGAGAUUCAUGUAUAAAUAUUCCAAGAAUUAA